AUGGGCAGCGCCGCCUCUUCAUUGAACGAAUUCGAGAUCGAGAAAUUGGCGUUGGAGAGCGGCUUGUCCCGGUCGGGCAUCCUUACCCUGUACAAGCGGUUCACCUCAUUGGCCAAGCACCGCGAUCGGACAACGAAUGAAUACUUCAUGACGGAACAGGACUUCCUCGACAUUCAGGAGCUGCAGCUAAAUCCCCUGGGAAGGCGGAUCAUCGAUGCGUUCUUUGCCGACGCUGAGGUCCAAUCGACACGCCGCGUCUACUUCAGGGAUUUCGUGAAAGUGCUUUCCCACUUCCGUCCCAUCAAUAAGAACAAGCCGCACCCAUGGAACAGCCGUGAAGCCAAGCUACGAUUCGCCUUCACCAUGUAUGAUUUGGAUAAGAGUGGAAUGAUUACGAAAGACGAAUUUCGCGAUAUUCUUCAGAUGAUGAUUGGCGCCAAUGUACCAAUGGAACAAGUGAAUUCGAUUGCCGAUCGAACUAUGCGUGAAGCCGAUCGUGACGAUGAUGGAUGCAUCACUUUUGCUGAAUUCUGCGAGGCAAUGGAGAAGACGGAUAUUGAGCAAAAGAUGAGCUUCCGUUUCCUGACC